AUGUGUGGAAUACUUUGUCGUGUGAAACUUGGUAGUGAUAUUAACCAUCCAGCGAUACUCACACCUCUUUCAACUGAAAAUAUCUUCACUAAAUGGGAAAGUGACGAUCUGCAAUAUAUUUUGAAAAAUUUUAUCGACGUUGAUUUGCAAAACGAUUUGAAACUAAAUGUCUCUGAUCAAAACAAAUUAACCAACCUAGAAGAGUUAAGAAACCUUAAUUCCCAGCUUAUUAAAUUGAAUAAUGUGAUAAAGAAAAAUGAUCAAGCUGAUGCUGCUAAAACUUACAUACAAGCGAAGAUCGAUGAGAUCAUAGGAACAGAAUUAGAAGACGAAAAUAAUGCUGAAACUCAGGAUAUCUUUGAGUCAUUGAUGAUUAAAAUCGCCAGCAGAGGGCCAGAUUAUUUGCUGUAUUUGCAAUUUAGAGAUUCAAGCAACAGCUUCCAGCUCUUCUCGUCAAUCUUGUCAUUGAGACAACCGUUUUAUUCUCAACCCAUUCAUAAUCAUAAUCUAAUUCUACAAUUCAACGGUGAACUUUACAACCUGGAAUGUUUACAUUCUAAUGACACAGAGUUCAUAAUGGAACGUCUUGUCUAUAAUAUCUCGUCGACCAACAGAGGCGAAGGAAUAUUGAAAACUAUAACCGAGCUAAACGGGGAAUUUGCAUUUACUAUAUACGAUCUUCUUGAAUCAAAGCUAUAUUUUGGUAGAGACUACAUUGGUCGGAGAUCUUUGCUCUAUAAUAUUGAUAAUCUUGAUUCAAUAGAGAGUGGUCCUGAAAUCAUUAUUAGUUCUUUACCUCCAGGUCAUUCCAAUAGUUUUAAAGAGUGUAAAAGCAAUGAAAUCAAAGUAUUUAAUCUUAAAGAUUUAAUUUUAGAUACUGUUUAUUACGAAUCUCUCUGGGAGAAGUAUGAUUCGUCUAACAAUUUGCACUUUAACCCCCUUUCUAGUUUGUUUAACUUUGAGAAACCUUUAGACGCUAAGUUAGUUAAAUUGUUUGAGACUUUGAAUGAUGCAUGCUACAUAAGACAAUCGACGAUACAACCGCUACAUCCAGAUAUAAAGGAAGCAAAUAUUGGUAUCUUAUUUUCAGGUGGAUUGGAUUGCACAAUUUUAGCAGCCUUGAUAAGCAGAAACUUACAAGAGGUCCCAAAUUCCAAAAUUGACUUGAUUACUGUAGGUUUCGAUAACCCUAGAACAAAUUUGAAAGCUUCUGAGUCUCCAGAUAGACAGUUGAGUAAGAAGUCUUGGUUCCACUUAAGCAGGUUGUUCAAUAACGAUAAUUUUUCAAUAAGGCUAGUUGAAAUAAACGUCGAUUAUAAGGAAUGGUUGAUAAAUAAGAAAAGGGUAGAGAAAUUAAUGUAUCCCUGCAACACUGAAAUGGACUUGUCGAUAGCAAUUGCGUUCUAUUUUGCAAGUAAGUGUGAAAAUGGUUUAAAAUUGGAUUUAAGCGACCCGAAUGUAACAUGGGAAGAAUUUAAACUAGAUGAAUCAAAAUACAUGAAUAUUCAAGACGGUUAUAAGUCUCACGCAAAGGUAUUGUUUUCUGGUUUGGGUGCAGACGAAUUGUUUGCUGGUUAUUCAAGGCACGAAUCAGUCUUCAAUUCGUUAGUUAAGCCGGAUGACCCAAGCUAUAAUGAACAAAGACUUGAAAAAUACAAUUCCCUAUCUGAUUCUUUGAUUUACGAUAUAAAAAUUAUUCAUGAGCGAAAUUUGGGAAGAGAUGAUAGAGUGAUCUCAUCCUGGGGCAAGGAAUUAAGGUAUCCAUAUCUUGAUGAAAAGUUUAUUAAUUAUGUCGUUAAUGAGCUUGAACCCAAUUUGAAACUUUACUUUGAUUGGGAAUUGGUGAAGACAAAGAAGAAAGGUGAAAAGUUAGUGAUGAAGCCUAUUAGAAAAUGGAUUUUGCGGGAAUUAGCUGAAUACUUAGAAUUACAUUGGGUAAAAGAUGAAUUGAAAAGAGCCAUCCAAUUUGGUGCAAAGAGUGCAAAGAUGGAGAUUGGUCAAAGCAAAGUCAAGGGUACAGAUAGUUUAUAG